GCCCCUGUCCCAAACCUCCAUCCCAGCCUCCAGCCUCUAGCUGCCAGGCAGCCUCCAGCCUCUGCAGGCAGCCUCCAGCCUCUGCAGGCACCCUCCAGCCUCUGCAGGCAGCCUCCAGACUCUGCAGGCAGCCUCCAUCCUCUGCAGGCACCCUCCAGCCUCUGCAGGCAGCCUCCAGACUCUGCAGGCAGCCUCCAGCCUCUGCAGGCAGCCUCCAGACUCUGCAGGCAGCCUCCAGCCUCUGCAGGCAGCAUCCAGCCUCUGCAGGCAGCCUCCAGCCUCUGCAGGCACCCUCCAGACUCCGGUCCCUCUCUCUCUCUGCCUCUCUCACUCACUGUCUAUAUCUCUCUCUCUCCUCUCUACCUCUCUCUCUCAUCUCACUCUCUCUCUCCGUCCUUGCAGCCAAUGUUCUGGACCUGCUGAGGAACGGAGGGCGGAGCUUGCCAGACAGGAGGCGGGGCAGCGAGGAGGGCGGGGCCACAGCCCUAGCCCCACCCACCAGGAUGUUGUGGUGCACCUGCUACCACCACUGUCCUGAGGACUCUACCAACAACACCUGCAGGACGGAUGGCUACUGCUUCACCAUGGUGGAGGAGGAGGAGGGUGGAGUUCCAUUGCUCACCUCAGGGUGUCUGGGCCUGGUGGGCUCAGAGUUCCAGUGCAGGGACACGGGGAACGCCCGUCAGAGAAGAGCCCUGGAGUGUUGCACUGACCAGGACUUCUGUAACACACACCUGCAGCCUACCCUGCCCCCUCACCCUGCCAGGAACCCUGAUUACGUGGACAGCAGCAUCCACCACAUGGCUCUCUUGAUCUCCAUCACCCUGUGCAGCAUCGCCCUUGGCUUCAUCAUCAUCUUCUGCUACUACAGGUACAAGCGGCAGGAGGCGAGGCCUCGCUACAGCAUGGGUCUGGAGCAGGAUGAGAGCUACAUCCCUCCAGGAGAGUCUCUGAGGGACCUCAUCGAGCAGUCCCAGAGCUCCGGCUCAGGGUCAGGGCUCCCCCUGCUGGUCCAGCGCACCAUCGCCAAGCAGAUCCAGAUGGUGAAGCAGAUCGGUAAGGGGCGCUACGGGGAGGUGUGGAUGGGGCGCUGGAGAGGGGAGCGCGUGGCCGUUAAGGUGUUCUUCACCACGGAGGAGGCCAGCUGGUUCAGAGAGACGGAGAUAUACCAGACUGUCCUCAUGAGGCACGACAACAUCCUGGGCUUCAUCGCGGCGGACAUUAAGGGGACGGGCUCGUGGACCCAGCUGUAUCUGAUCACAGACUACCACGAGAGCGGCUCCCUGUACGACUACCUCAAGUCCACCACGCUGGAUGUGCGAGCGCUGCUGCGGCUGGCCUACUCCUCCAUCUCCGGUCUCUGCCACCUCCACACCGAGAUCUUCGGCACCCAGGGCAAGCCGGCCAUCGCCCACCGCGACCUGAAGAGCAAGAACAUCCUGGUGAAGAGGAACGGAGCCUGCUGCAUCGCAGACCUGGGCCUGGCCGUCAAGUUCAUCAGUGACACCAACGAGGUAGACAUCCCCCCCAACACGCGUGUGGGCACCAAGCGCUACAUGCCCCCGGAGGUUCUGGACGAGAGCCUGAACAGGAACCACUUCCAGUCCUUCAUCAUGGCCGACAUGUACAGCUUUGGACUGAUCCUCUGGGAGAUCGCCCGGAGAUGUGUUUCUGGAGGCAUCAUGGAGGAGUACCAGCUGCCCUAUCAUGACCUGGUGCCCUCUGACCCGUCCUACGAGGACAUGAGGGAGGUGGUCUGUACCAAGAGGCUGCGGCCCUCUUUCCCCAACCGCUGGAGCAGCGACGAGUGUCUGAGGCAGAUGGGGAAGCUGAUGAACGAGUGCUGGGCUCAGAACCCUGCCUCCCGCCUCACGGCCCUGAGGGUGAAGAAGACCCUGGCCAAGAUGUCCGAGUCCCAGGACAUCAAGCUGUGACCUCCGACCCCGAGCCUACCCACCCCCCCAGCCUGAGGCCAGAGACAAGGAGCUGGGGGGAGAGAGAGAGAGAGAGGGGGAGAGGGAAUGAGAGAGAGGCGGAGAGUAAGAGAGAAAGAGAGAAUGGGGAGAGAUAGGGAGAGGUGGAGAGAGGGGGAGAGGGAGUGAGAGGGAGGGGGAGAGUGAGGGGGAGAGUGAGUGGGAGAGGUGGAGAGAGAGAGAAGAGAGAGCUAGGGAUCGAACAGAGGAUAGAGGAGAACGAAAGAGCGAGAGACCCAGAGUACGACACGACAGGGUGCCCCCCACCCUCCUCCCCCCCCACCCUCCUCCUCUC